AUGAAGAAGAAAGAUGAAAAAUUUAAUAUUUCUUUCGAGACAGAAGGUAGUCUCAGCGAAGAAGUAGAAGCAAUUGUUAAAGAUAUCGAAUCAAAUUCAGCCGAUGAUCCUAAAAUUGCAAAAUAUUUAUUCGGUUUUAGGAAAACUUACGAGUUAUUCCACGAAAUUUAUCAUAAAAAUGUCACGUUAUUAGAAAAAACGCAAGAGAUGAACGCUCAUAUCAUUACAAACGCUACAAAAAUCAAGGCAAUUUUAGAUGCAGCUACAAAAGAUAAAGACUCGCUUAACGACCUCAAAGACAAAUACGAGGAAGCAACGAAAAUUGUAAGUUCUUCAUUUGAAUCUGAGCAAAACGCAAAGAAAAUGAUACAAAGCUUAAGAACUCAAAUUUCUCAACUUUCGGAACAAGUGCAUCGUGGAGAAGCAUUUUCAUUCGGAACAGAUGUUUCGAUAUUUGAAGUUUCUAACGAAGUAAAUAACCUACGAAAAGAAAAACAAAACGCAGAUGAAGAAAUUAAAACAUUCCAAGACAAAAUUGCAGGAGUUAAUGAAACAAUGACAGAUAUUAAUAAAGAUAUUGACAAAUUCAAAUCAGAAGAGAACAAACUUAACAGAGUUAUCAAUAACGUUCAAAAUCAACUUGAAGAACUACAGAAAAGCAACGAAGAGACAACAUCUACCAUCAUAGACUUACAGCCUAUUGUCAAACAGUCACAACAACAAGUCGAAGAGAAUAAUAGAAAUAAAACUAACAAAACUAACACAAACCAGCAACUUAAACAAGAAUUCUACGAUUGCUUGAGCAAAUCAUCCUCACAGAAGGAAGAAUUACGCAACAGAAAGGACAAAAACAUAAGAAGAGUCAAAGUAUUAAAUGAAAUCAAGCAUAAGAUCGUUUUGAGGACAGAAGAGAAAGACCACAAGAUGAAAGUGAUUGCAAACUGUGAAGAUGACAAAGGAAAGCUCAUCAAAUCCCUUGAAACUUUAAGUGAUGAGACAAUUCAACUUGAAUCAGAUUACAACCAGCAAUGUGAUCAGUUAAAACAUAUCGGAGAGCUCAAAGGAGAUGUCAGGAAAGAAGCCAAAGCACUCAGACAAAAGUAUCUCGAUACAACCUUCAAAAUAAAUGGAAUAGAAAACAACAUUAUUUCAACUCAACGACAAAUGAGUGAAGUCAGGGGUUUAAUAAGAGAUGACAGGUCCCAUUCACUAGAAGAACAAGCGGCAACUGUAGAAGAAAAGAGUAAAGCACUUACACUCAAAUCUGACACAUAUGUUGAAAAAUCUUCUUUACAACAAAUGAAAGAAAAAAUUUUGUCACUUUUUCAAGAAAUUGAUGUUAAAAGAAGCGAAGCCUUCCAGAUACAAGCAAAGAUUCUAGCCACCAAUGAUUAUAUCACGACGACUAAUAAGGAAUACGCGCAGCACCAGAAGGAAUUUGAGCACUACCAAGAUAAAAACGCUCAUCAACUUGAAUUAAGUGAACAAAUGAGGUUAGAAAGGAAUAACUACAAACGCGCAUUAGAGAGUGUUGAAAAGGAGAACGAAGAACUGUCAGCACAGUGCACACAACUCGAAAAUAACGUCAGAGGAAUAAUUUCGAAUAUUCAUCAAACGACAGAAGACAUUUUUACAACACAUUUCAAGUCGCAAGCAAUAAAAGGAGAGCAGAAAGACAUGGAAAACAGCAUGGAAUACAUAAAGAAGAUGCAGCAGCAAACUGAAAGAAUAAUUUCGAGAUUGAACGCGGAAAGGCAAACGCAAAUGUAUAUAUUGCAUGAAGCUGAAAAUGAUCAUAACGAGCUAUUGCAAGAACAUCAAGUUGCUAUCAAACACUUUGAAAUUUUGAGAGAUGAAAAAAUUUCUCGGCUCAGAAAAAUUGAAGAACUUCGUUCGAAUAUUGAAACUGAUGAAGCAUUGAUGCAGCGUUCCAAAAAGCUUUACCAAGAGAAACUUGAUGAAAUCAAGACACUCAGAAAUGAAUUGGACAAUUUAAACAACAGAACAGAGCAGCUAGAAAAGAAAUGCGAACAUGUGAAACAGUUAAAAUAUUCUGAGAAAAAGAUUUCGAUUGAAUUGAUGUUAGAAACUCACAAAACAAUGACAUUAGUCCAUGAAUUUGCUGUUCCAAGGAAUGUACAUAGAUGGGAUGCUUUGGAAGCUGUUGAUCCUGGAUAUGUAAAGAAUUUGAGAUAUAGAAUGAGUUUGUUUGCGAAAUUGGAUGAAGCACAUAGAGAAUUAGAGACUCUAAACAAAGAAAAAGAAGAAUUGAUUAAGAAUUUGAAGAAAGCUGAUGAUAAAACAUCAAAAGCUUUGACUGUUCAGCAAGUUAAUGAAUAUAUUUCUAAAUACGAAAAGGCAAUUGCUGAUAAAGAUUUCCAAUUGAAGGAAAUGCAACAAACAGCGAAAGAAAAAUAUCCUCAAAUAUUUAGAAAUUCAACUUCUCUUGAAAAAAUGAGAGAAAAAGUUAAUGCAAGAAAAUCUUCAGCUUCUGUUUUACAUACAAGAAAUACUUUGAUACAAAGUGAAACAAAUGGAAUGGCCAACAACAACGAUAAGAUGUUCUUCACUGAAGCAGAGUCUUAUAUUCCAACUCUUGGUGGCGGAUUCGUUGGAAAAGUUAAAACUCCAACAUUUAAGCCUGUCCAUACUGAUUUGAGCGUUUACGGUCAGAGCAGACCACAAACAAGACAGACUGCAAUAUUGUCUCCACAAAGAAGAAUAGGAGGAGCUCCUCUUCCUCCUCUAAUGAAUGUGUGA